AAAAAAGAAAAAAAAAAGGAUUUAUCGCACGGAAACAGAAACGCUAGCCUUUCGCCUUCUUCGUUUUCAAGUUUCGCGGUUGUGCCCCAAGAAUCCACACACACUCUCUCUCUCUCUACCUGCGCCAUUUAUUCAGUCGUCAUCUUCAUCGCCUUUGUCAAUUCCGUGUACGAUUUGAUUCUCCGUUCGAUUGAUUUCGCCACAAAAUACAUCUACUUCUUUGAUUCAAAUUAUUACCUCAGCCGUUUCUGCUGAUCUAUCUCUUUUCAGCUGAUUUUGAUUGAUCUCAUCGUCUCUUCAGAAUUUUGGCUUUUCAGCUGUAGAUUUCAUGCUGAUUUAGCUCGGAGUUGUGGACUUUGUCUGGAUACAGUUGUUCAUCACUCAGCUUCCUGACAUCGGAGGUCUGAGAUUGAUACAACACUCGUUUGCAUUUGCAAUGCGUGGUAGAGAGCUCUGGUGGUUGUAUCAUUGAUUUACUCCUCAAUUACUGUAAGAUCAUCUAGGUUCUCAGGUUCUUAAUCUUCAGGUGAUUGAGGAAUUCAGUUCACUUAUGGCCCCAACAAGAAAAUCUAGAGGUGUAAGUAAGCAAUUACCUCAGGUUGAUGAGGCAUCUCCUAGUAAAGAUGGGGAUAAUACAAAGAAAAGCUUACUGCGGAAAAGGAAAUUGUCUGACAUGUUAGGGUCACAGUGGACAAAGGGAGAGCUUGAACGUUUCUAUGAUGCAUACCGGAAACAUGGAAAAGACUGGAAAAAGGUAGCUGCUGCAGUGAAAAACCGAUCUGUGGAAAUGGUCGAGGCUCUUUACACAAUGAAUAGGGCUUACUUAUCACUUCCGGAGGGGACUGCCUCUGUAGUAGGGCUAAUUGCAAUGAUGACUGAUCACUACUGUAAUAUGGACGGAAGUGAUAGUGAGCAAGAAAGCAAUGACGGAGUAGCGAUAUCUCGGAAACCUCAAAAGCGUAGCCGAGGGAAAUUGCAUUCUGGUACUUUAAAAGGAAAUGAAAGCCGUACUCUUCCACAUCUCCAACUAGGAACAUCAACAUCUGGCUGCCUGUCAACUUUGAAGAAGGGACGUCCAAAUGGCAGUGGUCCACGAGCUGUUGGAAAACGGACACCUCGGUACCCUGUUUCAUAUUCUUAUGAGAGGAUUAACGGGGACAAAAUUUUCUCCCCGACUAGGCAGGGACUCAAAUUCAAGGUAGAUGCCACAGAUGAUGAUGUAGCUCAUGAGGUAGCAUUAGCGCUUGCCGAGGCUUCACAGAGAGGUGGUUCUCCUCAAGUAUCUCGUACACCAAAUAGAGGAAAAGACAGCAUUAUGUUAUCACCUGCAUGGAAGGGUAAAAGAAUGCAUACUGGUAAAGAAGUUGACAAUGAAGUAGAUGAGGAUGUUUUAGAAGGAAGUUUAGGAAGCACUGAAGCUGACAAUGGAGAUCUUGCCAGGGAUAGAAGUUACUUGAGAGAUGUCCGUAACGCAGAUGGUAGGAAAGGAAAAAAAAUUCUUGAAAAGAAUAUAGAAGCUGAGUGCAGUGGAAAUGAUGGUUUGGAUGAUGUCAAGGAAGCUUGCAGUGGAACCGAAGGACAAAAUCUCAGUUCCUUUAGGGGAAAAGUUGAAUCUGGGGUUGCAGAAGGAAAAGCUGCAAGAUCUUCUUUUCACAUGCCAAAAAAGAAAAGCAAGAAGGUUCUUUUUGGAAAAGAUGAAGGAUCUCCAUUUGAUGCGUUGCAAGCUUUGGCUGAUUUGGCCACUGAAAAUGCAAUUCAUGUAAAAGAAGAUGGUGAUGAUCUAGCUGAUAAUCCACCUGAGAUUCUGCCUCCCAAACACCAGAAAGAGAGGUCCAAGUCCUCGAGGGUUAAGACGAAAGGAAACCGGUUGACAUCUGGAUAUGAAAGUGCCGGGCCUAAGAAUUCUAGAACUGGAAAAUCUCCAGUUACUGACAUUGGUAGCGUUCGUCAAGUUCAUCAUUUUAUUUCUAAAGCUUCCAAGAAGCAGAAGGCCAUGACAUCUAAAACUCCUCCAGAUGAAGUUGAUAUUGAUAGUCAUCCUAAUGAAUCUCGGGAAGCGGAGGCUUUGGAUACUGGGAAGAAAUUCAUUAUUAAAGGUAAAUGGUCUUCCAAUAAUUCUUCGCAGCAAAAGCAUGGGAAACCAGUUAAGUAUCCUGAGCAUUCUUCUUCAAGUACUGAACAAAAGGGAGAAAAAGAAGAUUCUGCCCUAUCAACUAUGCAAAUUAACAUGCCAAGUCAAGCUUACCGAACAAGCAAAGUUAGAAGCAGGCGCAAAUCAGAACUAAAGGAACCACAAAAACUUCAUCUGAAAUAUUCUGAUGAACUUUCAAAUGAUCCAUCUAAUAUGCUCAUUCUACCAGAGCUCAGUGAGGCUCUUAAUAUUAAGGAAAAGCUUUCAAAUUGCUUGUCAAAUCACCAGUUAAGGAGAUGGUGUGCUUUGGAGUGGUUCUACAGUGGAGUUGAUUACCCAUGGUUUUCUAAAAGAGAAUUUGUUGAAUACUUGAAUCAUGUUGGUUUGGGUCAUGUCCCAAGAUUGACACGUGUUGAAUGGGGUGUCAUAAGAAGUUCUCUUGGCAAACCUAGAAGAUUCUCAGAGGAGUUUCUGAGGGAAGAAAAGGAUAAACUUAACCAAUAUCGUGAUUCUGUCAGAACACAAUAUACAGAGUUUCGUACCGGAACAACCGAAGGGAUUCCUUCAGAUCUUGCAAGGCCUUUAUCAGUUGGGCAACGUGUUGCAGCCAUUCAUCCCAGAACAAGAGAGAUUCACGACGGAAGUAUACUUACAGUUGAUCGUGCAAGGUGUCGUGUUCAGUUUGACCGACCUGAACUAGGGGUUGAAUUUGUCAUGGACAUUGACUGCAUGCCACAGAUUCCGUUGGAGAAUAUGCCAGCUGGCAUGGCAAGGUCUGCAGUUCCCAUGAAUAAAAUUCUAGAGAACUACAAUGAACUGAAAGUCUCUGGUUGGCUAAAAGACCAGAAACCAGAACAAAUUGUGAAGUUCUCUUCAGGUGAAAAUUCACAAAAUGGUGGUGGUUCUCUGUCUCUAUCAAGCUAUGCUGGGAUUAAUCUGAAGCAAUCUAAGGGAGCUCUUGUAAAUGUUAAUGUGGAGGGUAAAGUAGGAUCUAAGGAAACCAGCAACGGAAGCCAACCAUCUGUACUUGCGCAGAUUCAAGCAAAGGAAGCUGACGUCCAAGCACUUGCGGACCUUACCCGUGCUCUUGACAAAAAGGAUGCAUUGGUAUCUGAACUGAGGCUCAUGAACGAUGAUGUAGUAGAGAAUCGAAGCAAUGAUGAUAAUGCUUUGGAGAAUUCAGAAACAUUUAAAAAGCAAUAUGCUGCUGUAUUAGUGCAGCUAAACGAAAUCAAUGAACAGGUAUCUUCAGCUCUUUUCUGCUUGAGGCAAAGGAAUACCUAUCAGCGCAACUCUUUAGUUGUUUGGCCGCAUCCCAUAGCAAAUGUAGGGGACUCUUGUGGCUCCUUGAGCUUGUGUGAUAAUCCUGUCAACCCUGGACAGGACUCUGGAUCUCAUGUUAAGGACAUUGUUGAAAGCUCUAGAGAAAAAGCUAGGGCAAUGGUAGAUGCAGCUAUUCGGGCAAUGUUAUCAUUGAACGGAAGGGAGAAUAAUAGCAUAGAGAGGAUUGAAGAAGCGAUAGAUUACGUAAGUAAUUGUCUUCCACUGGAUGAAUCGGGAGCCAUUAUUCCAGUAGAUGUUACUACAAAUGGAAGAUCAAGUUCUUCUCAGGAACAGUCUAAUUCCAAUACAACAACAAUAGAUGAAGAUAAGUUGAAUAAUAAUAAUAAUCAUAAUAUUAAUAAUAAUAAUAAUAGUAUGCAAGAAGAAGAAAAGAAGAAGGAUUCUCAAAUUCCAUCACAGCUCAUUAGUCACUGCCUUGCAACUCUACUAAUGAUUCAGAAAUGCACUGAAAGGCAGUUUCCACCUGCUGAUGUGGCUGAGAUAUUGGAUUCAGCUGUUACUAGUUUGCAGCCAUGUUGUUCUCAGAACCUUCCAGUAUAUUCUGAGAUUCAAAAGUGCAUGGGAAUCAUCAGAAACCAAAUAUUGGCUCUCAUACCCACUUUAACCAUUUGAUCUCUUCAUCUUCUUUUUUUGUACAUGAAUCAAUAACGUAGAGAUGAAAAUGGUAUCUGUCACAGGUUUUUGUUGUUUUUGGGUUUCCUCCAGUUUUUCAAUUCUUCUAAAUUUGGGUUGCUUCCAAUUUGGACCAUAAUUUGGAUUUUGGGUUAUUUGGAUUGGAUACUUAUUUAUA